UUUAUAGGAGAGAACCCUGGCUCCUGGCUUUGCAUUCCCUUUCCCACUUCUCUAUCUUCCCAUGCCCCUUCCUUUCCUCUUCCUUCCCUUCCCCUUUUCCCUUCUUCCUUCCCUUCUCCUAUUAAUUGUGAGCAGGACUUACCUCCAGAGAAUUAAUACAGCCCACUAUAGUACCAUCAGGAACCAAUAGCUGCAGUGAAUACAGCAGUGAGUGCAUUUUAAAUUGAGAGACAAUUUCAAAGGUCCUGCUUACCUACUGUAAUGUACGACUCCAGAGAAAGACAGAAGUUCAUCAGUGAUGCUCAGUAUGUGAGGGAAAUGCAACACAAGAUGGAUUCAGAGUAUCAGGCUUGCCUGAGAAGACAGGAGCAGAAUAGAGAACAGACUGAGAAGAAACGAGAGCAACAUGCCAGGCAAGAACAGAGGCAGAAAACCCUAUCUUCCAUCUAUGCUACACGCAGUUAUGAAAGACCAUGGAUAUCAGGCAUACCAGUUACCAGACAGACCUCUGCAGAUGAGGGUUCUGGGUCUGCCAUCAAGUCUUCUGCAAACAGAUCUGACUCAAAAUUCCCUGCUAUAGAAAAAAUAUCAAGCAAGCAAAAGCAAAAACCUCCCAUGAGCUCCAGCAAAGUAACUCCAGCUGCCCAGAAGCAGUCAUUAUUAAGGAGAAAGAGAAUGAACCAGGGAGGAUUGUUGGGAAGCCCAGACACACAGAAUAUGAGAAAAUUGGAAGACAAAGACAGACGGGCCUCGUUGCUGCAGGCAAAGGUACAAGUUACCAGCGCAUCUGAUCUUGGAGUGACAAAUGAAACUACGCUCACGAACAAGAAGAGAUCUCAAGAGAGAAGGAAUGUAAUCCAGUCUUCUAAGCUAAAUCUCGAUCGUAAAGGUCUAGACAAAGAUAGCAAAAUAGGAAGUGUCCUUCCACAGACUCGGCAGUCUCCAACUCUAUCAUCUGCAUCUACCUUGCAAGGAGCUCAUGGUUCCUUUGUCUCAAAUGAGUCACAUGGUCCAUCUUUUAUACCCACUAAAAUGGCCCCUUUGAGGUUUAGAGAUGAAAACUUUUAUUCUAUGGUUUGCUUAAACAUGGAAGAGUCCUGUGAAGAAAAUGAUACUAAAGAUGAUGAUAUACUAGAGAAGGAAUUCCUUUCUUUCAAUCUAAAUCACUCUCCUACUCCUCUAGAACAAAUUAGCAAAUUUAGUUUAACAUCCUUGGCACAAGAUGAACAAUGUAACUUUGAAGAAACUGGAGAUGAUAGAAGCAUUUCAUCAAGGAGUGUGGAAUCUUCUCAUCAACCAUUAAGACAACACAAUGUAAUGGACACAACUGUUGAACAGUCUUCAUUAAGGCAAAGAAACUUUAGGGACUAUGGAAAGUCUUACACUCCAGAUGGGAAUUCUUCUGAAGGUGCUGAUUGCAAUAAAAAUGAAAAUGAAACUCCAUUAUUUAGUUCAAGAAGCUCACAAGCUGAAAGCAGACCAGGCAGCGCACCUAUUGCUGAGACUCUUAAUAACAUUAGCUCUAUAGAUAGGCCUAGUGUCAAUAUUUAUAACAGAGAAUUGCAAGCCUAUGAAAGAAAUCAGAGGCGUUAUACUGAUCUCCUUACUUCUGCAAGGUCAACAGUUCAUAGACCAUUAUUGUAUUCUGCAUAUAAUACUCCAAGAUCAUUAAUACAAUCUGCACAUAGAGCUGAGGUCUCAACAACUGUAUCAUCUCAAGUAUUGGAUUUGGAUGGAAGUUCAAGGUUUAAUGUUCGUAGACCCUUGUCUCCUAUAAGAAGUAGAGAUUCUUUUUCUGCUACAGAAAGUUAUGAAUCUUCAUCACCUAUAGUCAGUACACCUGAAGAUAAUAGCCUACUGGAUGAUAGUAUAGAUAAUGGUUUAAAGAGUACAUCUGCAAAUGCUGCCUUACAUGAUGAAGAGAACUUACUAAAUUCACAUAGUUCUUUUUUAUCUAUAGAUUCUUCCAGCCCAUCUUUGUUUCAAACAAAUUUCACAGCCCACCUUCACAUGGCUGGCACAUUACAUGAUCAAUUACCACUUGCUUUGCUGGCAGUGUCUGAUUUACAAAAUCAAAGUAGUGCUAUGAGCAGCAUUGCAGCCUGUGAUACCACAAGUGCAAAGGAAAUAAACAAACAUGCAGACCCAGAGAAGCUUAAGAAACUACAGGAGAGUCUACUAGCAGAAGACUCAGAAGAGGAAGGAGACCAGUGUCGGAUAUGUCAGAUUGCUGGGGGCUCUUUAACCAAUCCACUAGUAGAACCAUGUGGGUGUGUAGGAACCCUACAGUUUGUUCAUCAGGAAUGUCUAAAAACAUGGCUGAAAGCUAAGAUAAAAUCAGGUGCUGAGCUGGGGGCAGUGAAAACCUGUGAACUGUGUAAGCAGAGCCUGAUAGCUGAUCUGGAUGAUUUUGAUGUGAAUGACUAUUAUAGAAAUCACCAACAGUCUCGGGCACAAAGUGAGCUAAUGAAUUCAGGUCUCUACCUUGUGCUGCUCCUUCACCUUUAUGAACAGAGGUUUGCAGAACUCAUGCGCCUAAACUACAAUCAAGCCAGUAGAGACAGGCUCUCAAGACAGCCUAGAGCAGAGGAAAGUGAAAAUUCAGAGUCGGGGAACAAUGGAUAGGAGAGUGCUUACCAGAUUGUCCAAUGAAUUUGGAAUUUGGCAAAUAGCCUUUUAUAUUGAAUACCCUUCUCCAUGUGUUUUAUAUCCUUUUUUGGGGGGGGGGGCGGGGAGGAGGGUGUCUUGCUUUACACCAAACUAAAACAAGUUUGUACAUGUCACACAAUCCUUUUCAGGGGGUCUAUUAUUGUCUUUAGAGGUGGAAACACCAAUUGAUAAUUACUUUAAAAUAACAUGGAACAAAGCAGCUAGUAGUGAAAAAAAACCAUGCCGUUUCUAUUGAUUAUAUCCUAAAACUGCUCACCAUAACAGAGAACAGAUGACUAGCAGGCAGUGUGUGUUACUGACUGGCCUUCUGUAACCUUUAAAAAUCAGAAGCUACAGAAAGGCGUGUGGUUGCUUUAUUGUGUACGCUGGACCCAUAUUUCAUUCUGAGAUUCAGAGGUUUCUCCUGAUUAGAGCUUGGGUUUGUACAGUAAAGUUAAACCAUCAUAUAUACAGCUUACACUGGAAUCUUCUAGAGCGUACUUGUAUAGUAUUGAUUUACUGUAUGUGAUGACAAACUUAUUAGUGUAUCAUCUCCAGCUUGAGUGGGACAAACUUUCAGUAAAAUAAUUUUAUUCACCCCUUAACAUUAGUGUA